CUCUCUCUCUCUCUCUCUCUCUCUCUCUCUCUCUGGUCAGUAGAUAUAUUCAGUUCUUUCUCUCUCUCAGUCUCUCCUGCAGGAAUCAUGGUGGUGUUUGGAUUAAAGUCUCUCUUUGUGUAUUUGCUGCUGUUUCCAGCUGCGCUGCUCUCCGGGGGCAAAGUGUACGCAGAACAUGAAGAUGGAGUGACAGAUGAAGCACCAGACACAGCGGUGGAGGAAGAGGAGGAGGAUGAAGAUGAAGAAGAGGUCCUGGUGGAAGAACCUCAGACAGAAGAUCGGGAUGUGGACGAUGCCGAUGAUUCAGACGAAGAUUCCCAAGUGGCAGACAUGACGUCUCACCCUGAUGCAGACACCACCAUCAUCUUUGUCACAGGAGACGAGUUUCCAGCCAAUGAGAUCGUGAAGUUCCUGGUUGGUUUCACUAAUAAAGGAACUCAGGAUUUUACAGUUCGCUCUCUCGAGGCUUCAUUCCGUUACCCACAGGACUACCAGUUCUAUAUCCAGAAUUUCACCGCUCUGCAGCUGGAUGCCGUGGUGCAGCCGGAGAAACAGGCGUCGUUUGAGUACUCGUUCAUUCCCGCACAGCCGAUGUCCGGACGUCCUUUCGGCCUCGUCAUUCUGCUCAACUACCACAACUCUGAGGGAAAUGUUUUCCAGAGUGCAGUUUUUAACCAGACGGUGACGAUCACUGAACUGGGCGAGGGUCUGGACGGAGAAACGAUGUUCAUGUACAUCUUCCUGGGCGGUUUGAUCUUCCUCGUGCUCUUCGGCAUGUAUCAUGUCCUGGAGUCUCGCACGAGGAAGCGACUUCCUGUGAAGGUUGAAACAGGAACUAGAGGGAUGAACGACGUGGACAUUAGCUGGAUUCCACAGGAAACUCUCAAUGCCAUGAAUAAAGCGUCUCCGAGAGCUUCACCGAGAAAACGUGCCAGGAGAACAGCUGGUGGUGCAGAUCAAUAACAACCAUGACAACAAUCACCACCACAACAACUACAGCAUCACUACGGUUCUGCGGUUCUUCCUUCUACAAGCUCAUCUCACGCUCCUGGUCUCCAUAAAGAGACUGAGCGAAAGUUCAAACAUUUCACACAUUCCUGAGGAAGAGUCUCAGCAGCUCCACUGCAGUUUUGAACACAGGAACAUGAAGAUAUCAUCACCUGCUCCAUCUCAAACUGUAAAAAAACACUUUGUUCAAGCUUUACACCAGUGUUACAGUUUAGUGAGGUAGCGUUUAGGACAUGGAGAAAAUCAGCAGUGUUAAUGUUUAAAUUUUUUACAAAUGCUUCAACACGUUGUUCAGAGUUUUACGAAAUGCGCACAAUGCUAACCUGGUAGCUGUUAGCUUCUAUUAGAUGUUAACUUUGCUGACAUCAUGGCUUCAGUGUAAAACUAGAAGCAGUAUUCCCACACUGAGGAGCAGGUCUCAGGCUCCUCAAUUUGGACCAAAAAAGAAAAUGAAUUUCAUGUAAAAAGAACAGAAUACUGACAAACAUAUUACUCCAUUUAAAGUUCCUCUUCUUCUCCUCCUCCUUCUUCUCCUCCUUCUCCUCUUCCAUCUUCUUUUUAUUAUUACUAUGAGAUAAAGUGCUGUAAAAACUCGUCACACUAUGAAAUAAGGGCAGCACUGAAACUGUUUGGGAUGAAAGUGUCAGAGCUCCUGGUGUUUGUGAGACGUCUUUAAUAAAGUGUGAAAAUGUUUUUA